GCAAGCGACAGAAAAAGAGAAAACCGGCAGAGGUAGAGAGAGAAAGAAAGACCAACGACAAGAGCAGAGAUGACCAGGAACAAACACAAAGGAGGAUUCUGAUUCCAGGCAGAAUGACAGCACGUUUCCACGAUGGAACUGGGAGCAGCGCACCCGAUUGACUGAUGGCAGGUUCUGACUGGGAUCGUGUUGAUAAGAGCCAGGCGACACCAAUCACCAAACAGAGUCAGAAUGAGAAGAGACGCUGUGACUGGAUUUAGUCCUCCAUCCGCUGUCCCCCUUCUCUCUGUCACUUAGUGUCUGACAGACUAACGCUCUGCUGGAUAGAGAUUUAAUUGGCUCUAAACACACAUCUAGAACAGAAAACAACCUGAAUACAUAAAAUGUUGGAAACCAACUCGGAGAUAAUUGGAACCAUUGGAUGUAACCUACAGUGGUCAUAACUAGUCUUAACAACAAACACUAACAAGAUAUGAAAAUUCCCAUGUAAGGCUGGACGUAGGAAUUUCAUUUUUAUUUUAUUUUAGUUUUUGUAGUGGUUCCAUGCUUUGAGCAGACUGCCUAACUUUCAUUAAAACAUAAGGUUUAUGCUCCUGUUCUCUACCAGAGAACAAAGAUGAACAUGUCUGACUGUGACAUUGCUCUAUAACGGCUCUCUCUCGUUAAUAAUUCCAAGAUCUCAGUCCUAACACACUUUUUGAAAGAGUUUUUACCAAUUCUUUUUCAUAUUUGUGAAAUAAAAGACUUCACAAUUCAUUCUUCAAACUUUACACGUGCCUCCCACCAACCCCCAUCACCUUGGGACAGCCAGCCAAUCAUGGGCAAGCCACUUAGCCGUCCUGGAUGUAUCAGGAAGAGCUCUUGUUGCCUGGAGAAACACAGGGCUGGGGACGGGGUAGUGGGAGGGCGGGAUGUUGGGAUGGAAGGAGGAUAUGGAGACGGCUACAUCCCCCAGAGAUCUAUUUACGAUACCAUGUGCAUCAAUCAACAAAUUGACAGCCAUCACCACCAUUCCAGAGGGUCAGUGAGGCGGGAUGGAGGAGGAGAUGGGAGCUUUACCUACUCUGCAAGUGGCUCCCUCCGAGCUAGCAGAUCUCCAGUGGACAUGUUCGAUUCUCAGCCCCGUUCUUUAACUCCAAAUCCAUCCUUUGUACGUCGGCUGGAUGAAAGAGUUAUUUAUGAUUCACUGAAGCUCGGUGGACAAGAUGGAGAAGACGGGGGAUGCCACUCCCCAGGACACUUCAACCGAUCAGUUUCUCCCUCUGUGUCCUCAUUCUCAGCUCCAGGGGUAUCGUCCUCCUCCUCUAAAAAGCACCACCAUCAGCACCACCAUCACCAUGGAGACAGCACAAAGAGCAGAGAUGGCCGGCAUUCUUGGAAAGUCUUGACGCCUCCAAAACAUAUGGAAUGUAUGGAACUAACAACAGCAGAGAUGAUGGACAGAGGAGGGUAUCUGAACCCAGGGCACUAUCCUCCCAGGGGGCAAUCUUCCUCUCUUACUUCUCCUCUGAUUUCUCCCUUCUCUGGCUCGCCUAUGUCUUCGGGUUACCACACGCCAGUUUUUUUCUCCCCAGCCAAACCCCGCCCCAGCCAGAGUCAAAGUUUACGCUGCUCACCUCCCCACGUAAUACAGCCAAGACAUUAUUCCCAAACCCAGAGCCUCAGACUGUCACCCCCCCAUGAGCUCAGACGAUCACCCUACAGAGCCCCACUAGUCCAACUGUCUGCUCAUGACCUUGAGCACGACCUGAGGGAGCGAGGAGGAGGGUGGGGCCGCGGCGAUCGUGACAGGGAGUGGGAGAGGGAGAGAGAAAGGGAGCUGGAGCGAGGCUGGGCACAGAGAGAGUGGGAGAGGGAGAGGGAGAGGGGGAGAAUUGAGAGGGAGAGAGCCAGAGAGAGGGAAAGGAGGGAAACGUCUACUUUCGGGACCUUUGGUUAUGGCCAACCAGUCCCUCUACGUUCAGACUCAGUCUUUUUAGAACCUGAGCACGGUCUGGACACAACGCCCUUGUUAAUUUCCCAGCCCUCACCAUCACCCUCCCCCAAUGCUGCCCCAAGGAUGGGCACUGGGGCAGUUGGCAGAAACAGGGGAGGGUCAAAGAUUGGCCAUGAUAGUUCAGGGGGAGGGGUGACCUCUAAAUUUGACAACGGAAGUGUUAAUAUAGUUUUAGUUGAUAGCAAACCUGGAUAUGGGACAAGGAUGGGGAGUGAAGUUGUGACGGAGCAUAUGUCAGAUAUUGGAAUCCAAGAGCACUGGAAGAGACAGGACAAUGGAUCCAGGGGGUGUGUGAUGCACGGGUCUGAAAGAAGAAUGGGCUCUCAGGUGAAGACAACACCAGGGGGCCGAGAUAUGGAAGGAAAAGUGCAAUCGGGUAUGGAGAUCAGAGAGCGAAGAGGAGAAACAAAGAAUGGACUAAGAAAUGCUAAGGCUAUUUCAAAAGCAGAAUCUACAGAAGCUUUUGAUUCAAACAGGAAGAGCACAGAAAAAUGGGUUGGACAUUCAGAUAAAGUCCUGGAGGAAAUUGUACCUAUUCCUGGAAUGAAGCCAGAGCAAGACACAGAACUUCAAGAAAAAGUUAGUUCUCAAAACAGGGAGAAAAACAACAGGACAGAGACUGAAGUUAAAAGCCAAGUAAAUGAAAAACUUGUAUCAGCAGUUGAGUCAAGGGAGGAGCCUAAAGUAGGAAUAGAUGUGAAAACUGUCCCAAUGUCUAAGAGUGAGGAAGUGCCCAAAUCUUGGAGUCAGAGUGGGACAGAGAAAGAAAGUAAAAAUGAGACCACAGUUGUCAGCAAGCCCACAGACAGUUCCCAAACAAAUGCUCAGGCGCAGUCAUCUGCCUUGGCUGAAGAGAAAACUGAAGUUGCUCCUUCAGUCCUACAAGAAAACAAGUUGGAUGAUAGUAUAAAUGAUUUCACCCAGCCACUGAAAAGUUCAAGAUCCAAGUCCAAAUCAUCAAAGUCCUGCUCCAGGACUCGGCCUGGAACGGCCACAGGACUGCGACCUGGUGUGCUCAGUCCUCGCCAAAGCAAAAGAGUGGAAGACUUUGAAUCAAGGGGGCCACCUGAAGGCAUCGAGUCUACAUGGCCUCGCAGGAUCAUGGUUAGAAAGAGAACUGUUCGUCAGGGAGGGGCCCUCCACAAUCUCCCAAUACUUCCCCCACUCCCGUCCGUCAUUUCUGCUUUAGAAAAAAGGCGUCCACACCUUCUUACAGAUUCAGACAAAAAAUCAACAAAUGCCAUAAACGCUGCAGGUAUGGUGGGCCGAUGCUCACUGAGGGAGCCCUCUCAUCCAGAAAUGGGGCACGGGAGCAGCUUGUUGGGCAGAGCCUCUUUGAGGGAGCAAAACUUGGAGCACUGGAGAGUUUGUAGAGACCAAGAAGAACCAAGGAGAUCUAGAAGCAGAGAAAAACAAGUGACUCAAAAGAAAGAAUAUACUGAAAAAGAGGAAAGGAAGGGAAAGGAGGAAAAUGCAGAGAAAGAAAGAAUAGUUGAGAAAGUUGGGCUGUUAGAAGACAAUAAGAAGCUAAAAGUAGAGAAACCUGUUGAAGAAAAAAGUCAGGACAAUCCAAUCAGAAAAGAAGGAGAGAAAAGAAUACAAGCUGUUGAAAUGAAAUCUGAGAAAGUAGAGGACACAGACAUAAAACUUCAAGAUCAAACACAAGACAAGCCCAGGCAAGAUUUGGAGGAGGUGAUGGUUAUAUCAUACAAAGAAGAAAGUGAGGUGGAGGGAAGAGAAGUCAGGACUUCUGGGGAAGAAGGGGCAGUGGAGGGCUGGGAUGCAGUCCUGGACAUGGUCAACACGCUGUGGGACAACACCUGGGAAAAGCAAGAAGCAGAAGAUGGAGGAGCUGAUACUGAUUCUCUCCCAGGUUCCCUGCAGCGUUGGCCUCUGCUUCGGCCUCCAGUUGGGUUUGGGGGUUCACACCCUCCCUCCUCUGCAGCUUCAGAACUGAGCCUGACAGAAUUAGAGAGGAGAGCCAGGGAGUUGGACUCGGACCUGGAGCAUCUCGACUUGUCACAACCCCACAGGGACACCCAGGACUUAUAUCAAACUCUGCUUGAGCCACACAGGGAACGGAUUGCUAUGUACCAAACACACCCUGGACCACAGAGAGAGAAGCCUGCACUUCUCACAGGAGUGGGCAGCAGAUCUCAGGUCAGUUUGGAGCUCAGUGCGAUGGAGUCACCUGCAGUUGACAGUGACAAACUUCCUGCUGACUGCUCUACUAAAGAGGACAGCUCUCCUGACUCCAACCUAACGCUGGAGUCUGAUUCCAGCGGCGUGUUCCUUUCCUUGUCCAAUCAGAGUCAAGAGGAUGCAGGCUCAGACAGUGACCAGCCAGCCAGCGGAUCUGAGCUAGGCAGCAGUAACACGUCUCUGGAGAAAGAUGGGGAUGAGGGAGUGCUAAAGGAGUGGGGUAGAGAGGAAAGUGCAGAAUUGCAGUGGUGCUAUCCCACACUCCUCAGCACUAUGUCGCAUGAAGACAUGCAAGAAGACAGUCAAAGAUUAGAGUCAGAAAGUGGAAGUAUGGGGGUAGAUAAAGAGCAAAGGAAGAAUCACAAGUUAGGAGUGGUUUCAAUCAGCAAGAGUACCAUCGAGUAUACAGGCCAUAAGGGCUUCAUCAGUAUCCCACAGAGUGAAGGCAUACCACAGAAAAAAAAUGUUAACACAAUAGGAUUUGACUCCCACCUCUCUGUGUCCCCCUCAAAACAAGCAGUCAAACACCUUUUAGAUCCCAACCAAAAAGCUAUUAGAAGCUCAGGACUGGACUGUGGUGACCUGGAUCCUUUUGUGCAGUCAGACAGCUUUGUUUAUCUCGCGGUGUCUGCCCGACCGCUGUCAGGAGAAGAACCUAACACAGUGGCAGACAUUUCCUCUCAGGAAACUGAACUAGAACGUGUUCAGCUUAGUGCAGAGAGUACAAAAGCUCACAUCGGCAGAGCAAAUACUGAGCUGGAUACCAAGCCAACCCACCUUGUUGCUCAUAAACCAGAGGAAGGAGACUUUCUGUGCACGGACAGUUUUGUCUACCUAGCUGCUCCAGCCUGCCUCCUGUUAGGCCCUGCAGGUUCAGCUCCCUACAGUGGCAAGGAGUCAGACUCUGAGAGCUCUGACUCUGGACCUGUCGACGUGUCGGUUCUGGGUUGUGGUUCUGUGGCAGGUGACAGUGACUGGGACUCAGACCUGUCCGACUCUGAUCCCAGUCGCUCAUCAAGAAUUUCAGCCUCUGGUAAUAAAUCCGCCAUUGUAGCUCGGCCCAAACGACUGCCUGUGGAACCCGACUGGGACUUGUCUCCAGUGCAUACUGAAUCUGAAGUGAUCAAUGAGAUAUUUACAAAGCAAGACACAUCCAACGCUGGCAGCAUGGGGGUGUCUGCCACCACCGCAGCACCAUCGCCCAUUUCCAUGGAAACUGAGCCGGUCACAACCACUGAGAAGCCAGCCACAUCCCUGGAGCAGCUGUCAACCACAAAGAAAGUGACAUGGCAGUUUAAACCAGCCCAUAGGUCUGUCUGCACAGGAAGCCGGAAGGAGAAGGACAAUGAAUUCUCAUUGGGGAGGUUAACAGAAAUAGAAGGUGGCGAGACAUCCAGGCCCUCGCCUUCAUCUUCCUCGUCAUCUUCACCAUCUUCAUCAUCGUCUGGAUGAUUUCUGAAAAAAAUAGUUGUCUGACUCCUGGAGAGAGACCAGAGGCUGCAGAGCAGAAAGGUAGAGAAGUAUUUGUUGACUUGAAUGUUUCUUGCCUUUGCGUUUUAUAUUUUGCAUCCAGCUGCUGCCAUUGCCUUCUUCGAGUUUGUAAAAGCUGCUUUAAACUUCUUGCAUUUACUUAGAACAGCUGACAGCACCGCAUAUAAACUCUAGAAUUAAAGCAGAUGCUAAGACUCACUGACCCAUUGCAGAAAACAGGGAGGAGGCAAACCUGAUAUAGUACAUUAUAUAAAAAAUGUGAAUAAAUAGCUUAAAGCUUUAUGUAAAAUAAACACAUGAAGUAGAUUCCCUCACCAUUGGAUUCUCAAUAACUACCAGGUUUGUUCAGUUUUAAAAUACCCAUCAAAAAAUGUAGUCGCAUCCACACCUAAAAUUAAUGGAAACUUCCUGUUGGUUUUGAGAUGUUUUUACCAAGACUGAACUAUUUAAACAUUAGAGGCUUUAUUAAUCAUUCUCACUGUUACGCCCACUAUGGGAAAACCUGGCUCUGGACUGGUGGGGGGGUGGGGUGGGGUUCUGGACACCUAUGAGAAUAAAAGGAACACAGUUUAUUACAUAAAGGAAAUCCUGUGCCCUGAAAGAUAGAACAAAAUGAAAUAACUAGUGUGUUGGUUCAAACAAAAAGACAAACCAAAAUGAAUGGGAACCUCGGCCAAACAGAAUAAAUAAGUGGAGACUGCUGAUCCAGACAUGUCGACCGUCAGAGUC